CAGAUUCCCCCCGACCGAAAUCGGUGCCGGACCUGUUCGGUCACAUUGAAGUACUUUGCAGUAUAUAUCAUGAAAUGUGAGCUUAAAUAAAUCGCGGUGAUGUUUUCUCAGAAAUGUGCACGCCUUACUGGCUUUGUAUUUAAGUACAGAUUAAAAUGGACGAUACCUGUGGUAAAAUAUCCUACAAAUGAAUGUCAGCGUGUCAGAAUGUCACACAGCAGCUGGACGGGACGUAAACAGCACACACACUCUGGGGGCGAGACGAGAGGUGUCCAUAUCCACAGUGUCCGUCCUCUCUCCUCCAGCACUCUAGACCCGGAGGAGGUCAGGAAGUUCCAGGUUCUGGCCAAUAAAUGGUGGGAUAUACAAGGUGAAUUUGCCCUCCUCCAUGCCAUGAAUGAUCUCAGAGUGCCCUUCAUCCGUGAUAACCUGUUGACUGUACACGGUGGGGGUGAGAUGGGUCGCCCCCUGGCUGGGCUCAGGAUACUUGAUGUGGGCUGUGGUGGAGGUCUGCUCACUGAGCCCCUUGGGAGAAUGGGUGCCAAGGUGUUGGGUGUUGACCCAGUAGAGGUGAGCGUGAGGACAGCCGAGCUGCACUCAUCCCUCGAUCCUGCGCUCAGAGGACGAGUGCGGUAUCGUGCAUGCACUCUGGAAGAGCUGACUGAGGAAGAGGAAAAUGAGGAAGCAUUCGAUGCGAUCGUGGCCUCGGAAGUGGUCGAACACCUGGCAGAUCUCGACACCUUCGUCCACUGCUGCUACCGCAUGCUGAAGCCGGGUGGGUCUGUCUUCAUCACCACUAUCAGUCGGACUCAGCUAUCCUAUGCCUUGGGAAUCGUGAUGGCUGAACAGGUGCUGCGUAUUGUACCACAAGGGACACAUCAGUGGGACAAGUUCAUCAGCCCGGUGGAGCUGGAGACACUGCUGGAAUCUUCUGGAAUGAGUGUUCAGACUGUCAGAGGAAUGUUUUACAACCCUCUUUCCGGAUGUUGGAGCUGGCAGAAGAGCACAGCCGUGAAUUAUGCGCUGCACGCCAUCAAAGAGAAGGAGGAGCCACUUAAUCAGACCCCUGCUGAGGAUUAGACUUUUGUCCAUACAGUCAAUACAGAGUUACUCAGUGUAGGCUUUUAAUACAGAAAACGUGUACAUCAUCACAAUAUAAAUAAAAAAAAUCCAUAUCAGAAUGCUCUAGCCUCAAUGUCGAAUUAAAGGUACAAAUCAAACAUGAUCUAACUAAUAACGUGAACAAGAAACGUUCCAACCUUAACACUUCUUUUGUUUAAAUUUUAUUUUAAAAUCUCAGCUAUAUUCAUGGGCCCAUUUUGAGAGACAGUGUUAUGUCAUACAAUGUCAGAUAAAUCAGACACCAAGCACGGAUCAAUUACAUUUAGGUUCAAGAGAAUUGUGUACAUUUCAGUUUGCUUGAACUAUGGUUUAAACUGAGAUAAAGCAUUGAUCCUUAUAUAGUGUUGAUCUUUCGGCUGCUCCCUACGUGUGUGAGGGGUCGCCACAGCAAACCAACCAGUCCGCACAACGACCCUCCCAUUUUAUCCGCGCUUGGGACCGGCACCGCAUCCAGUGGCUGGGAAUCAAACCCGGGCCUUCCGUACGGCAGGCGAGAAACCUACCACUGAGCCACCAGCACCCUCUCCUUAUGUAGUGUAUAUUAUGUGGUUAAUGCUAAUUGUUUGUACUUUAAAUUCAGUUGUGAUUAAAAACUAUUUUUGUGCAUUGUGCCACUUGUGACUGACUCAGUAGAAAGCCAGAAACAUGGUGGUGGUAGCAUCAUGUAGAGACAGCCUUUGUUGUGUUUUUCGGUGCAUUUCCUUUUUAAAAAUAAAAUAUGUUCAAAGUU